UAGAAAACUGCCUUUCCGACAAUGUGGAAGGAUGGCUUCGGAAAGAUGGGUUUACCAGCAGGAAUGCAACCAUGACUAGAUCAUCGUAAACUUCAACGCUUGUGGUGCGUGCAUCCCUUCAGUGUUGAGCAUGGUGUUGUCAGUGGUAGACACAAGGGGUAUGCGAUUAUCUGAAGCAACCUUAUUCUUCAACCACCUAUGCAGCAUCAUGACUAGGUACAUAAAAGAAUAUCACAUCUUCUUUAAGCAACCUGAUGCUUAAACCACCCGUGGAAAAGUUUCUGAGGAGCCAAUACUUUGCAUGAACGUGUAUAAAACCACAAAGAUCAGAAGUUCCACACCAGUUAACUUCUGAAUUGAUCAACACGUGUUCCGAUAGAAUUGGAAAAUUGUUUGCAUUGAGCCACAGCCAGUGUUAAUCAUCCAUCCUAACUGCUGCAGUCAGUAGACGUUUGGUCAGCAGCCAUGAUCAGGGAUGUGAAUGGAGGAUACUGGGGGCUGGCCAUCAUCUUGUCAGCCUUCAUGAUCCAGUUUCUAGCGUUCGGCACAGGUCUGUCGAUUGGCCUAUACAAUAUCGAGUUACUUGCUAUCACAGGUGAUGACGCCUUCUCAGUGUCGUUAGUGGCAGCCAUAAACACUGGCUGCUUCCUCGGUUCAGGUCCACUUGCCAGUUUGUUGAUGAACUAUUUGAGUCAUCGAACCAUUGUAUUGAUCGGUGCUGGCCUGAGUUCCGCCAGCAUACUCUGUGUGCCCUUCCUGCCAAAGCAUAGGCUACAUGUACGCUCUGUGGGGAGUGGGUGCAGGUGUGUAUGGAUAGUGGGACAGGUGUGUAUGAGAUAUAGACUACCUGUACAGCUCUGUGGGGAGUGGGUGCAGGUGUGUAUGAGAUAUAGACUACAUGUACACUCUGUGGGGAACUACAUGUACGCUCUGUGGGGAGUGGGUGCAGGUGUGGGGUUUUGCUUCGUGUAUGUCCCAUCUCACGUGAUGAGCGGGCUGUACUAUCACAAGCACACCAGUCUCGCCACCGGGGUCGCUACAGCAGGUUCUGGGCUCGGGAUGACAGUUUUCCCCAUAAUAGUUGGCUACCUUAUUGAAGUCUAUACAUGGCGCGGGUCGCUGAUUAUAGUGGCAGGUUUGAUGUUAAAUCUGUUCGUAUUCGGCCUCCUCUUACGUCCCUUGCCUAGACCUAAGAAGAAGAUAGAAGAUGAAACUAUGUUAGAAAAUACAGAAGAAAAAAGUAAUCAUGAUAAUGAAACAAAAGAAAAAAGAUUCCGACAUUUUUUUGGUUUUUGUGUUUUUGAAUUCGAUGUGUUUUUUGUCAGUAAUAUAAUGUGGAAUAUGGGUCUAAAUAUGGUGGUGACAUUUGGACCAGAUUUCAUUCUAACAUCACUAGGCAUUACAAGUAUAGAAGCUGCUUAUAUGCUGACUGUUUUAGGUCUUUGUACUUUCUUAGGUUCUCUUGUGACAGGUUUCAUCGGUAACUUCCGUUGGAUGAACAGGAUUUUCUUGUAUGUACUGGUAUGUUUACUGGCAGGCAUUGGAGUUAUUUGCUUCCCAGUAGCUAAGACGUAUGGUACCAUGGUGAUGCUUCAUGGUGUUGUUGGACUUGGGUUUGGGGGCAUCCUGGGCCUGCUUCUUAUCUUGACGUCUGACCUGCUGGGCCCCGAGAAUCUGGGUGAUGGCGUUGGCUACCUCAUGCUGUCCAAUGGUGUGGGAUGUUUUGCUGGACCUCCAAUCGCAGGCCUGUUGAAGGACAGCUUUGGUAUCUAUGACUUGGCACUGUACACAGCUGGGGCACUGGUCUUAGCCAGCGGUGUCAUAAUGCUGCUAGUGCCUCUCAAGACCAAACUGACGGGAUCAGCCAUCUACAGCAAGGACACAGAAGAAGAGGUUGCUCAGGGGAGUUAAGGCUGUACAUUGAUGGAGGCAUAGAUCUGUACAUUGAUGGAGGCAUAGAUCUGUACAUUGAUGGAGGCAGAGAUCUGUACAUGUAGGUGGCAUACAUCUGUACAUUGAUGGAGGCAGAGAUCUGUACAUUGAUGAAGACAUAGAUCUGUACAUUGAUGAAAACAUAUAUCUGUACAUUGAUGGAGGCAUAGAUCUGUACAUUGAUGAAGACAUAGAUCUGUACAUUGAUGAAGACAUAUAUCUGUACAUUGAUGGAGGCAUAGAUCUGUAUAUUGAUGAAGACAUAGAUCUGUACAUUGAUGAAGACAUAUAUUUUUACAUUGAUGGAGGCAUAGAUCUGUAUAUUGAUGAAGACAUAGAUCUGUACAUGUAGGUGGCAUACAUCUGUACAUUAUUUUUUAUUCAGUCACUGUAUUACACAAUAGGCUUGAACAAAUAUUUCAACAUAACCCCCAGCAUCCUAACGUCGCUUUAUUAUGAAGCAUCGAACAGCAAAUGGGACCUCGAGGAGUUC